AUGAUUAUAUUCAUCUGUUUUGGAAAUAUUUUGACUAUUUUAGCGGUAUGGAGAACUUCUAUAUUAAGAACUGUACCCAAUAUGUAUGUUGUUUCUCUUGCUGUAGCAGAUCUUAUCGUUGGUGGUAUAACACUUCCUGUUCAAAUAAUUUUGUCUCUGCCACCGUUUAGCUUAUUAUUAGAUGAAGAUAAAUAUUUUUGUCUUUUUCAAAUGGUGAUAUAUUUUGUGUCGGUGACAACUUCGGUAUUUAGUAUGGGUGUAAUAGCUGUUGACAGAGCUUUAUAUAUCGGCUACCCGCUACAUUAUAACAGAUUUUCUACUGAGAAAACAGCUAAAGUUAUAAUAGCUGGUACAUGGACAGCGUCUCUGAUGAUCAGCAUUGCACCGUUUUAUUAUAACACAUGGAGAGAAUGUCAGGUGUGUUUCAGUUUUUUUGUCAUACCAAUGGAGUAUCAACUAUAUGUUCAGGUUGGAUCUAUAAUUCUAGUCAUCAUUUUGACAUCUAUUUGUUAUGGUUAUAUUUUAUAUAUCGCACGGAGUAAACAAGGUCGAUCUGCUGGGUGGGAGGCAGAUAUGAAACUAGUGAAAAUAUUCCUGAUGGUGUUCGGAUUAUUUAUCGGGUGUUGGACUCCAUUAUUAUCAUUGGUCUUUGAUGGUUAUAUUAAUCAGGAGAAGAAAGAACUUUACCAUUCGACAUUUUUUGAAACGUCAUUUUGCUUGUCAGUUUUAAAUUCUGGUAUGAAUUUUCUGGUAUAUUCAGUGAAAAACAUGGAUUUUCGCAAAGCAAUUCGCGAUAUCUUGUGUCGUAAGAAAAAAUGUAUUAAUACUGUUGGCCCCAGUUUUCAUCGGUAUUGA